GGAAGUUCGCCAGAUGCCGUCAGAGGCAGCGGAAACGGGUAUGAGGGACAGAGAGUGCUAGAAACAGUCAGAGAAACAGGUCUAGACCUGAUAUUUCACAGUUUGAUUUAAGCCAAGCGGAUACCAGACUGAUCGUCAAGCAUGUGGCGGUUUUAAAGAGCGUCUGAUGGGUUUCUGAUGCUGUGUGUCGUGCUUUAAUCAUUGCGCAGCUGAAGCAGGCUAGCUUUCAUGCUAAUGCAAAAUAACCAUAUGUUCUGGAAACAUAAGCAUUUAUUUUACGAAUGAUAAGAAUUGAAUUGUAUUCGCCGUAAUGGGGUUUAAACACAAUACAUAGCGAUAUAUUGUCUUUUCGAGUUUGUUUGGAGUCUCCUGCAUGUAAACAGAAAAGGCCACGUAGCGUUAAACACAGCCCUUCUGAAACGGAUCCUGAUAUGUAUUUGUAUUUAAGAGGAGUUUGCAUUUGACUGUGGAGAACCUGUUGUCGUCUAUAAAAGGACACCUGGUUUCUUCUGGACUGGGAUUGGUAACGUUAGAGCAGAUUCCGUCAACAUCCAGAAAAGGAAAACUGACAAUUAUCCCUAUAAUCCCGACGCUGAGAAACCGUCAGGAUGCCUCUGCUGUUUCUGGAGAGGUUCCCCUGGCCCAGUUUACAGACGUACACCGCUCUGAGCACAGUCCUGCUGGCUGGGAGCAUCUUAAGUGCCUACAGCACAGUCAGAGACUCGGAGUACUCCUCUGCACUGCCAGAGGACUCACACAGCACAUCAGAGGAGGAGAUCCAGCUGGAUCAGCUGGACAGCUUUGGUAACGUGGGCACUAAUGUGCUGCUGUAUCUCAUCACGGACAGUCUCUUCGUCUGGGUGAUGGUGAACACAGCGUGCUGCAUCCUCAUGUUAAUAGCUAAAGUGAUCCAGUGCAUCGUGUUUGGACCGCUGAGAGUCAGUGAGAAACAGCAUCUGCAAGAUAAGUUCUGGAACUUCAUCUUCUACAAGUUCAUCUUCAUCUUCGGCGUGCUGAACGUGCAGCGGGUGGAGGAGGUGGUGCUGUGGUGUCUGUGGUUCUCCGUGCUCAUUUUCCUUCAUCUGAUGGUGCAGCUCUGCAAAGACCGCUUUGAAUAUCUCUCGUUUUCUCCCACUACUCCGAUGGGCAGUCAUGUGCGAGUGUUGGCUCUGCUGGCAUCUGUUUUGGCGUGCUGUGGCGGUCUAGCAGGGCUCUGCGCUCUAGUCGGACAUCUUCACGGCAUGCACACUGUCGCUUUCAUGGCAGCCGAGUGUUUGCUGGUGACAGUGCGCACAGGACACGUCAUCAUACGGUAUUCCAUUCACUUGUGGGACCUGAACCAUGAGGGAACCUGGGAGAACAAGAGCUCAUAUAUCUACUACACAGACUUCAUCAUGGAGUUAGCCAUCCUCUGCCUAGACCUGAUGCAUCACAUCCAUAUGCUGCUCUUCGGGAACAUCUGGUUGUCCAUGGCUAGUCUUGUGAUCUUUAUGCAGCUGCGCUAUCUCUUUCACGAGGUGCAGAGAAGAAUUCGCCGCCAUAAAAACUACUUGCGUGUUAUUGACAAUAUGGAAUCCAGGUUUGCUGUGGCAACGCCUGAUGAGCUGCUGGCUAAUAACGACGAUUGUGCCAUCUGCUGGGAUUCAAUGACUACAGCACGCAAGCUGCCCUGUGGCCAUCUUUUCCAUAAUUCCUGUCUGCGCUCUUGGCUGGAGCAGGACACUUCCUGUCCCACGUGCCGUAUGUCACUGAACAUUACUGAAGGCGGGGGGGAGAGAGAGGAGGGCCAGAGGGAGCCGCUGGAUGAUAACAUGGCUGCUGGACCAGGAACAGAGGCCCGACCGCACCUCAACCAGCAUAACCACUUCUUCCACUUUGAUGGGUCCCGCAUUGCCAGUUGGCUGCCAAGUUUCUCUGUGGAAGUCAUGCACACCACCAACAUCCUUGGUAUCGCACAGGCCAACAACUCACAGCUCAAUGCCAUGGCCCAUCAGAUUCAGGAAAUGUUUCCACAGGUCCCUUAUCAUCUGAUCCUGCAGGAUUUGCAGCUCACACGCUCUGUUGAGGUCACCACUGAUAACAUCCUGGAGGGCAGGAUCCAGGUGCCUUUCCCAUUACAGACCCUGGAGCGCACACCCAUACAGGUGAACACUGCUCCUGAAGAGUCAGCGGGUGCCAGCGGCAGUUCAGAGGUCGCUGCCCCUGAGCCGGAAGACUUUGAGGUGCGGGGGAGCCGCUUUUCCAAGUCCGCAGAUGAGAGGCAGAGGAUGCUAAUGCAGAGGAAGGAGGAGCUACUCCAAAGAGCGCGCAGACGUUAUCUACACAAAAAAUCUGAUGAAGAAGAUCUGUUUUUUGCUUCUGCCGCUGAUAAUGAUGAUGCCAUGCCCUCCAUGGAGGAUGAAGACUCAGAUUCCGUGACCUUGAGGCGCAGAAGAAUGGCGGCCGCAGCAGAGAGACGCAUACAGAGGCACGAGCCUCCCCCAUUUUGAGUCGAGCAAAAACAUGCAUGAUGCACCUGUGGUACAGCCAUGCUGUCAUACAAUUUUGGGCUGAUCAAUGCACAUUUGUGCUAGAUGCAACUAUAUAUGUACCCAUCAAACAUUUGAUUUCAUUGUCCUUUGAAGUAAUAUAUGGCGUCAUUGCCGUACCAGUGAAUUGUAGUAAAAUUUUGGCAAGCAUCAAAUAAAAGAAAAAGACACAUGCAUCUUCUAUUCAUGUCUGCCAUUGACAAAAUAAUUAAAAAAAUGUUAGUACCUAAACAAGAGCAUGGUUUGGACAGCUGCUCACAUUUAAAAAAAAAAAAAAAAAAGGUUCCUGAGUUUGAAUUUCUUUUCACUUUUGGAAUGCCUCAUUUCUUAAACGUCUUUGUAUGAAUCAGACAAUUUUAACAAUAUUAUGUUGCGUACUAACAGUUCGAUUCUAGAGCUUAAGCAACAAACAACAUGCCGGAAUUUAGUUUUUUUUCUUUUGCCAGCAAAUAUCCACACAUUUUUGCUGCUUUUUAGCAUUUAAAUCUGCCUUUAAGUCGAUUUGGUUGGCUCAUGUGCUCGAAAAGAGACAAUCUUGCGAGUUUGAGCUUACAAUCUCAUAUGCUUACAAUGCCAUCCCAGCAUUUUAGAGUCUCUGAAGACCGUUAAAAAGGAAAGUGGCAUAGAUCCUACUGUCUGUUCUCACAUUGUUGUGACAACAAAUGCAUCAUAGAAGGUGUUCAUUUAGUCACAUGAUCUUGUUUCUCUACUGUUGUCAUUCAGAACAGCCAUGUUUUAUGUUUCAUUUAUCUCACAUUCUGAACUUGUACUGGUGGUUAUAUAGUGAGGAAAUGUUUCCUUUACUCUCUGUUUUGUGCUACAGUAAAGGAGAAGCAUAUGUUCCCUUAGUCAGGGUAGAUGUUUAACAUUGUCCUAUUUUAAUUUUCAUAUAACUUUCAUUUGGUUCAAAUUAAAUGAAGCAUCUACCGUAACUAAGGUCCUUUUAAUUGGGUUAUUUAAAUGUAACAUAGACAAUUAUGGUCAGUUUUGUCAGUUUUAUUGUGUUUGUAUUUGAAUAGACCUUUAUUACUCAGCGCACUAAUGUACUAAUGCCUAAAAAUGAAUUUUCACAGGAUAAUUUGGCAUGGACACCACAAACAAUUCAGAAUCUUGCAUGUUGAGUUUGAAGUGAACAAGCUUUUCAUGUAAUAGCACGUGACUUUUAAUUUGCAUUUGCCUUCUGUUAAAAAAACAUAAUCCCAACCAUCAUAACCAUGGCCACUUAUACAGAUUAUUUCAUCAAGAACUUAUUGGCUUUAUAGCCUGUUUGUCAACCUCAAAAAAGAAUUACAUCUUCAGAAUUGUCUCUGAUAUUUUACACUGUGAAUCUAUUCUAUCAAAUAUUUUUAGUGUCAUACAUGGACUUUUUGAUCUUUUUUUUUUAAGCUUUCAUGUGGAUGUCUUUUUCAUGUGGAUGAAAUCACUGACUGUUUGUAUUCAUAUGU